AUAUCAUCGAUUAUCUCUUCCAAUAGUAACAUAUAUCUUCUUCUAUACGAAUCCGAUCAUGAGGAUACUACCAAGAUGCGGGGGAGGUGCUUACUGCCUCCUCUUUGUGCUUGUUCUUUGUUCCGCGCUUCAUUCUCUCGGCCGUGACGUCAAUGUCGUUGGCUAUGCUGAAAGUAACAAGAAGAUCAAAAGCCCACAAGAUCAAAAGUUCUUGUGGGAUACGCCUAAGUUCCCUUUGCCCCCACCACUUAAACUUCCUCCAUUUCCUAAGAUCAAAAAGCCUUGUCCCCCAAAGAUAGAGCUUCCACCAUUGCUCCCAAUUUACAAGCCACCGGUGGUGAUCCCCAAGAAGCCGUUCCCACCAAAGAUCGCACACAAGCCUUCAGUGCCCAUCUACAAGCCGCCAGUACCUAUCUACAAGCCACCGGUUCAUAUUUACAAGCCGCCAGUGGUGAUCCCAAAGAAACCAUUUCCGCCACUUCCCAAGCCGAUCUACAAGCCACCGAUGGUGAUUCCAAAGAAGCCCUGUCCUCCAAAAGCUCCAGUGCCUAAACACAAACCGAUCUACAAGCCCCCGGUGCCCAUCUACAAACCCCCAGUGCCCAUCUACAAACCACCGGUGGUGAUUCCAAAGAAGCCGUGUCCGCCUAAAACUAAGGUGCCUAUAUACAAGCCGCCAGUGCCAAUAUACAAACCAAUCUACAAGCCACCGGUGUUCAUUCCAAAGAAACCGUGUCCACCACUUCCGAAGCUUCCGCCUUUCCCACCUAAAUACAUUCCACACCCUAAGUUCGGGAAAUGGCCUCCUUUGCCUUCUCAUCCUUGACGGAUAUAGAAACUGAAUGAUGCCAACAAAUCAUAUUCCCUUGCAUGUUGCUUUAUUAAAUUCUACGUAGAUGUUCCAUGUUUCUGUUUUUACGUUCCAAUCCAACAAUCUCAGUAUUUUUUUCUCUAUGUUUAAAUAAAUAUGUCACUUUGUGUCUUUUCUAUUAAAGAUCUUUAUAAUUGAUUAACAAAAAAGAUCUUUAUAAUGUACGAGAAGUAUCAGUUGCUCUUAUUAUUUAAUCGCA